CGGGAAGGCAAACAUCCCAUCCAUUUAAAAAAAAAAAGCACUGUUCGAUCUCAUACAGGCCACCUGCUCCAUCUUUUCCAUGUUUCUGAUACAUGUCUUCUUGCUCGGUACACACAGCUUAUCUUGGUUGCAUAAAAACACCAUGCACUUUCAUGCACAUCAAGUUUCGCUUUCUUUUCUUGUCUCGCUUUCUACUCAGUAAGACUUGAACACUUGCUCGAAUUUUGGGUUUAUCUACUCAUCAGUAAGAGUGUUCGGAGCAACGUACAGAUUACCUACGCGCGUCGCGUCUUCUAUUUUUCUGUCAACAAAAUGGAAGAGGCUUCCUCUGUAAGGCCGGGAGUUUGGCCUAAGAGUAGUGACCUUGCCGAUAGAGUCUUCUCAUGGUCUCUUGAAGACAUUUUCGACGACACCCUCUACCAAAAGCAGGUUGAGAAGAUUCCAUGUACAUUCCGUUCAUGGGAUCAUUACCUUGGAUGCUAUACAUUUCCUUUACUGGAAGAAACACGAGCAACCGUUGCUUCUUCAUUGGAAGUAAUGGAUAAAGCGCCAUUUGCUCAAGUCAUCUCCUUUGAACUGUCAAACGGACGCGGGAAGGGUACUCAUUAUAGCAUUAAGGUGGAAUCUUGGAAGAGAAGGGUUAAUGAUGAAGGAGAGCGUUACAAAACAUUGCCCGGAGACUUAGUGGUCAUCUCCGAUGGUAAACCAGAGACCGUCUCCGAUUUGAAUCGUGUGGGAUGGAAUUGGACAUUUGCUUCAGUUGCUUAUGUGCCAGAUGAUGAUGACAUGUCGUCUACUUGUUUUACGGUGAAAAUGCCUAUAGAUUUUGGAGACAUAAUAGGAGACGAUGCAACUAUCCAUACCAUUUUCUUAGCCAACCUCACAACAAAUAAAAGAAUUUGGAAUGCUGUAGGAAUGAAAAGGAAUUUGAACAUUAUUAACACUGUUUUGCACACAAGUCCUGAGGAUGAAAAAGAAUGCUAUAACUGCGCUCCUCAUGCUCAUGUAAGAUCAUCAUCAACUGAGAAUACAGAGGACAGCCUGUUGUCCAAGCUGAACGAGUCUCAAGCCAAUGCAGUACUAACUUGUCUUGGAAGGGUGAAAUGCGAUCAAAAGUCUCAUGUUGAUCUUAUAUGGGGCCCACCCGGCACUGGGAAGACAAGUACUAUUAUUGUACUUCUGUUUAUGUUGUUGAAGAAAAAGUGCAGGACACUUAUUUGUGCACCUACAAAUGUGGCAAUAACACAAGUUGCCUCUCGGGUGAUAAGGCUUGUACAAGAAUCUUAUAGAGAUGAUUCACCAGAGGAGAAUCUGUUAUGUCCUUUGGGUGAUGUGGUCCUGUUUGGAAACAAGGAUAGAUUGAAGCUAGGCAAAUACACUGAGGAGAUGUAUCUAGAUUAUCGUGUUGAUAAGCUUUGUGAAUGUUUUGGAUUACUGAGAGGUUGGAGACACUGCAUUAGGUCUGCGAUUUCUUUUCUGGAAGGUUCUGUUUCUGAUCAUGAAAUAUUUGAGGAAAAUAAAUUAAUAAAAAAGAAAGAGUUAAUUGAGAUAGGUGAAACCUUAGAUGAAACUGUGGAGCCGAUAUCCUUUUCUGAAUUUCUUAAGUCGCGGUUCGAGGGUGCAGUUUUAUCCCUCAGAAGAUGCAUGUUAACAAUGUGUACUCAUAUCCCAAGGCAUUUCAUCCGAGAACACAAUUUCCAAUCAAUCAUUUCCCUGGUUUGUCUUGUGGAUGCUCUGAAAGAUGCUUUAUUUGAGAAUAAUACAAUGUCUGAUGAAGAACUGAACGUAGCUUUUUCACAACCAGUAACCUCUGAAGAUUCCCCCACCAACACAUCUUCUUUGGCCUGUUUGAGAAUCCAGUGCCUCUCCAUUCUGAAAACCCUUACACAAAUUCUUGGAGAGCUUGAAUUUCCAAGUUCAUUAAGUAGGGCAUCCAUCACGGAUUUCUGUUUAAGGUUACCAUGCUUGGUCUUCUGCACCUCUUCAAGUUCUUUCAAGCUGCAUUCAGUCGAAAUGGAUCCAUUCAAAUUAUUAGUCAUUGAUGAAGCUGCUCAGUUAAGGGAAUGUGAAUCUAUCAUACCACUUCAACUCCCAGGGCUAAAACAUGUGAUUCUAGUAGGGGAUGAGUGCCAACUACCUGCAAUUGUUCAUAGCAAAGUGUCUAAUGAGGCUGGUUUCGGAAGAAGCUUAUUUGAAAGGCUAAGUUCAUUGGAUCACCCAAAGCUCAUGCUUGAUGUCCAGUAUCGUAUGCAUCCAGCAAUAAGCCAAUUUCCAAAUUCGUGUUUCUAUCAUAAUCAGUUGCACGAUGCUCCCAAUGUUCUAAGCAAAGCCUAUGAGAGGCAGUAUCUUCAUGGAAGAAUGUUUGGUCCAUAUUCUUUUAUAAGUCUCCCUAACGGAAAGGAAGAAUUUGGUGAUAUUGGAUAUAGCAAAAGGAAUAUGGUUGAGGUGGCUAUAGUCAUUAAAAUAGUGCAGAGCCUGUUCAAAUUUUGGUGUGACACGGGUAAUAAGCUUAGCAUUGGUGUCAUAUCUCCUUAUGCUGCUCAAGUUAUUGCCCUGAAACAUAAAAUUGGAAGAAAGUAUGACAACUUUGAUGACUUUGCGGUUAAGGUUAAGUCUAUUGAUGGCUUCCAAGGUGGGGAGGAAGACAUCAUAAUAUUAUCUACUGUGAGAUCUAAUCGUGCUGGAACUAUUGGUUUUAUGUCUAGUUUGCAAAGAACUAAUGUUGCCCUGACCAGAGCCCGCCACUGUCUAUGGAUAUUGGGAAGCGAGAGGACCCUAAUGGAUAGCAAUUCAGUUUGGCAGGGGUUGGUUCAAGAUGCAAGGAAACGCCAUUGUGUCUUCUCUGCCUCCGAUGAUAGUGACCUGUCAAAAACAAUUUUGAAAGUCAAGAAAGAACUGGAUCAACUUGAUGAUCUGCUUAAUGCAGACAGCAUCUUAUUCAAGAAUCGGAGAUGGAAUGUUCUUUUAAGUGACAAUUUCAAAAGAUCAUAUAAAAACUUGGUGUCAACCCAUUUGAAAAAGGCAGCGCUAAAUCUUUUACUUAAACUUGCUGGUGGAUGGAGACCAAAGAGAAAAACUGUUGACUUGACGUGUCAAAGCUCAUCACAGAUUGUGAAGCAGUUUAAAGUUGAAGGGCAAUAUAUAGUCUGCACUGUUGACAUUCAGAGAGAAUUGAAAUACACACAAAUUCUGAGGGUUUGGGAUUUUUUACCUCUUGAUGAUGUUGGAAAAUUAUUGAGACGCCUUUAUAGCAUUUUUGCGAUGUACACUGAUGAUUUUAUCAAUAUGUGCAGCCAUAGAUGUCUAGAUGGCGACUUGGAAGUUCCAAAGGUUUGGCCAGCCUCUCAGGAUCUUGUAAGAUUCAAGAAUCUUAGCGAGAGAUUGGCUGAUAGCUCAAAUGAAAGUGUGGCGGGGGAUGGCAGAAGUUACAUUGAAAACUCAAGAGUGAGUGAAAGCUUACUCUUGAUGAAGUUUUACUCUUUAUCAUCUGGCAUUGUCAAUCAUUUGCUCUCUGAUAAUCUUGGUGAAGAAAUUGAUAUCCCUUUUGAAGUUACGGAUGAGGAAAAAGAGAUAAUCAAAUCACGAAGGAGUAGUUUCAUACUGGGCCGAUCAGGCACUGGUAAAACCACUGUGUUGACCAUGAAAUUGUUUCAAAAUGAGCAACAACAUCAUCUUUCCUUAGGUGGGGUGAUGAAAGCGGAGUUAAAUAAUGCGAUCAGCAAGCAUGCAGGAGAAGAUAGCUUUUCAAAAGCUGAAAACACAAUAAUGAGCCAAUCCGAAAAUGAGGAUAAUAUGACUAGUGCCUUGAGGCAGCUUUUUGUCACUGUUAGUCCAAAGCUGUGCUACGCAGUAAAACAACAAGUUUCUCAUCUGAAAUGCUUUGCUCAAGGGGGGAAGUUGUCUGAUGAGAGCAGUCUGUUGGAUAUGAUGGAUGAUUUGGAUGGGUUGUCUCAUUUUAAAGAUAUUCCAGAUUCUUUUGUUUCUAUUCCUGAAACAAAAUAUCCCCUUGUUGUCACAUUUCGAAAGUUCUUGAUAAUGCUUGAUGGAACGUUGCGGUCUUCAUACUUUGACCGUUUCCAAGACAAGAACACCCCUUCUCUAGACGCAGAAACUUUCAUAAGACGAAAAGAGGUUAACUUUGAUCGCUUUUCUUGCUUGUAUUGGCCUCAUUUCAACUCCCAUUUGAUCAAGAAUCACGAUGCUGCAAAGGUGUUUACUGAAAUAAUUUCACAUAUAAAAGGGGGAUUACGCAUAGGUGAAGCCCAUGAUGCCAAACUCAGUCGCGCUGAAUAUGUUUCAAUGACUGAGAGUCGAGUAUCAACUUUGAAUGAGAAGAGAAGAGAGGAAAUCUAUGAUAUCUUUCUCUAUUAUGAAAAAAAGAAGAUAGAGCGUGGUGAAUUUGAUUUAGCUGAUUUUGUGAAUGAUCUUCAUUUUCGGUUAAAUGAGGAAAUAUGGGAGGGUGAAAGAAUGGAUUUUGUAUACAUUGAUGAAGUUCAAGAUCUCACAAUGAGACAGAUUUCACUGUUCAAGUAUAUUUGCCAAAAUGUUGAUGAGGGCUUUGUAUUUUCUGGGGAUACAGCCCAAACCAUUGCCAGGGGGGUAGAUUUUAGGUUUGAAGAUGUGCGGACUUUGUUCUAUGAGCAGUUCGUCUUGAAACUGAAAGGUGGUUUACAUGCCUCACGAAAAGAUAAAGGCCAUAUUUCCAGGGUGUCUUGUUUACACCAGAACUUUCGUACACAUGCUGGCGUUCUCAGGCUUGCUCAGAGUGUUAUUGAUAUUCUUUCUCACUAUUUCCCUCUGUCAAUUGAUGCUUUGGCUCCAGAGACAAGCCUUAUAUAUGGUGAGGCUCCAGUAUUGCUUAGGCAGCAGGGGAACAAUGAAAAUGCUAUUGUAACCAUCUUUGGUAACAAUGGAGGUGUUUGUGGGAAGAUGGUAGGCUUUGGUGCAGAGCAAGUGAUAUUAGUACGUGAUGAGUCUGCUAAACGUGAAGUUUCUGAUCUUGUUGGGAAACAGGCACUCAUUCUAACUAUAGUUGAAUGCAAAGGAUUAGAGUUUCAAGAUGUGCUGCUUUACAACUUCUUUGGUACUUCACCUCUGAGAAAUCAGUGGAGAGUAGUGUAUGAAUUCAUGAAACUUCGAAAUUUACUUGACUCAAGAUUUUCACAGAGCUUCCCAUGUUUUACUGAAGCACGGCACACAAUAUUGUGUUCUGAACUGAAGCAGCUAUAUGUUGCUGUAACUCGCACUAGGCAACGGUUAUGGAUCUGUGAACGCGUUGAAGAGUUUUCAAAACCAAUGUUUGAAUAUUGGAUGAAAAUGGGCCUUGUGGAAGUAAGGGAUGUCAAUGAAUCUCUUGCACAAGCUAUGCGCAUGGCAAGCACUCCUGAACAGUGGAAAUCUCGGGGAUUAAAACUUCUUUGGGAGAAAAACUAUGAAAUGGCUAUCAUGUGCUUUGAAAGGGCAGGAGAGAGGAACCUGGAGAAGCAAGCUAAAGCUUCUAUUCUUAGAGAAACUGCUGACCGAAUGCGAGAUUCGAACCCCAAUGCAUCUAUUUCCAAUCUCAGGGAAGCUGCUGAAAUAUUUGAGUCAAUUGGAAGGUUUAAGUCUGCAGCUGAAUGCUUUUAUGACUUGAAGGACUAUGAACAUGCAGGAACAAUUUAUUUGAAGAAGUGUGGGGAACAAGAACAAAAAAAAGCUGCAGAGUGUUUUACAUUGGCUGGAUGUUAUGAGACUGCCUCUGAGAUAUAUGCAAAGCAAAAAUGUUUCUCAGAGUGUUUAUCUGUCUGCAGCAAGGGUCACCUUUAUGAUGUGGGUUUUCAAUAUGUAGAGCGCUGGAAACAACAUGCUGUACUGUACAAGGAUAAGGAUGAACUAGGAAAAGAAAUUGAAAGAAUUGAACAAGAGUUUCUAGAAAGGUGUGCAUCUGAUUACUUUGAGUGCAACGAUAGGAAAUCAAUGAUGAAGUUCGUUAAAGCUUUCAAGUCAAUGGCUGAUAAGCGCCAGUUUAUGAAGAGUCUUAAUUGUCUGGAUGAGUUGUUGCUGUUAGAAGAAGAAUGUGGAAAUUUUGCUGAAGCUGCCGAGCUUGCUAAGCUGAAAGGGGAUGUUCUACAAGAGGCAGAUCUUCUUGCUAAAGCUGGGAAUUUCAGCAAAGCAUCCUCACGUGUCCUUUGGUACGUCUUGGUCCAUUCUUUGUGGGUUCAGAGAUGCAAGCCAUGGCCCCUGAAGUCUUUUGGGUCUAAGAAUGUGCUCUUGAAUAAGGCCAUUUCGUUUGCAAGGAAUGGAUCUGAUAUUUUUUAUGAGUCUGUAUGUACAGAGGCAAAGGUGUUUGAACACGAGCAAAAUAACUUAUGUGAUUUGAGGCGUGCUCUAAGUGCUUCUCAGAAGUGUGGGAGUCUUAGAGGUGAAAUUUUAUGUCUCAGGAAAAUUAUGGAUGCUCACACUGAAGUUCAGAGAUGCAAGCCAUGGCCCCUGAAGUCUUUUGGGUCUAAGAAUGUGCUCUUGAAUAAGGCCAUUUCGUUUGCAAGGAAUGGAUCUGAUAUUUUUUAUGAGUCUGUAUGUACAGAGGCAAAGGUGUUUGAACACGAGCAAAAUAACUUAUGUGAUUUGAGGCGUGCUCUAAGUGCUUCUCAGAAGUGUGGGAGUCUUAGAGGUGAAAUUUUAUGUCUCAGGAAAAUUAUGGAUGCUCACACUGAAGUUAGAGCCUCAUUUUAUUCAUGGGAAGAUGAGUCACCUGUAGACCUGAAGUUCGGUGAGGAUACAAUGUUUUGUAACCAGCUCUCUCUUAAAUCCCUCUGUCAUUUCUGGAAUCUUUGGAAACAGAAUGUAUUAGACAUCCUUGAAUCUCUUCACUGCCUUGAGGUGACUCAAGAUUUUGGAAGAUAUAAAGGCUCUGGUGAGUUCUGCCUGAACUAUUUUGGCGUGAGGCGGCUAUUCAGUGCUGAUUCAAAAACCAGGUAUAUCAUGCUAAUCCCUGAUGGGCUACAAAGGUUGAUAAGAGUUUCAUGAGGCAGAACCAAACAGUGUUCUCAAUUGAUGAACAUCAGUUCAUAACUACCGCACGGAAUCACUGGAGAAUUGAGGGGCUCUCUCUUGGCAUUAAAGUCCUGGAAACUCUUGAAUCAUUGUAUAAAUUUUCUAUGGGGACAUUGCCUGUGUUUAGAAAAAGUGUUUGCCUCUUAAGUAUACAUCAGAUAUCAAAGUUUCUUCUUGAGUCCAAGGAUUUCAACUACAGGAAUUGUGACGGGAAACUAAUAAAGUUCUUCCAGCUCUCGAAGAAUUAUUUUGAUAAUGUUUUUUCUAUUCAUGCCCAGAGGUCUCUGGAGGAAAACAUGAUUUCUCUAAGAGGAACUGAUGUUUCCCAAAGCUUACUUGAAGAGGAAUUUAUCAGCCACAGUCUUUGUAGAAAAGGUGAUCUGGCUACCUUUGGUCAAAUUGGACGGUUCAUGACGAUAUGGUUAGGGUCUGCCAAACCUUCAGAUGAACUGUGCAAUGAGCUUUUGUCAAGAAUCAGAGAGGACUCAGCCUGGAUAGCUUUCAUAGAGAUUCUGAAGAGUGUUAAAGAGCCAAGGAAGUUGCUUCAUGGGUUCCAUCAAGCUUUGGGAGAAACAUAUCAAGUCUAUUGGCAUAACAUGCAUGACUACAUUUCACCUCACUGCUUCUUAUUUCUCGUUGAGCGCUUCUUGAUCUUGGUUUCCUGUUCUAAUGCCUCCUUUUACACAACAAGGUCCUCUUUUCUGGAGUGGUGGAUGCGUACUCAACCAGAUGCCAUUUCCACUCACAGUCUUCUAAAUCAAGAAUCUUGUAUGUUCUAUGAAUCAAUCCUUUCCAUGGUGCUUGAGCUCCUCCUCCAGAAACCCAACAGAGAUCUGUGGGUUAUGAAGUUCGGCAUUAGAUCCAGUGAGUAUCACAGGUGUCUGGUUUUGAGGUUGGUGCUCAUUCUGUGCACGCUCUGCAUGAACUGUGACUCUAGGGAACCAUGGAGUCAUCUACAUACUGUACUGACAACUAAUUUUAUUUGGUCUGAGCUUCCGAGAGAAUUCACUCAAGUUUUCAGGAGAGGGAGGCAAAUAUAUGCAAAUCUAGCACUCAUCGCUGAAGCUCUCCAAGCGAUAGGAAAUCCUGGUUUUCUAGUGCGCCUUAACACUAACACUCCCAAUUUUGUGUGUCCUCUCUACAUUACUGCUAUAGAUAUAGGUAUAAAUUCCUCUUGGGAGGGCGUCAUGGAUACAGUGUUUCCAGGGAAAAGAUGUGUUUCUAUCGGACAAGAAGAAAAAAAGCUUCAGAAGAACUCAUGUUGUCUGCUUCCUUUGAGCAUGUAGGUUUGAAGAAUUAAUCUUCCAUUUAUUAUUGAGUCAUCCGGCAAUGAUAUAAAUACAAAAUUACAGAUAAGCUAAGGUUUGUUACAGAUCCUAAUAUUUAGGAUCUAUCUAUUCUUAUCUACACUGCGUGUUAAUCCGGAUGUAUACAUAAUAAAAUAACAUGAAUAUGCUACAUUUUUCUACACUCCCCCUCAAGUUGGUAAGUAUAUAUCAUACAUUCCCAACUUGCUUAUAAGAAACUCAAACACUGGUUUAAACAGCCCCUUUGUAAAGAUAUCAGCUGUCUGCUCUUUAGUAGAUAUGAAUGGUGUGCAUACAAUUCCAGCUUCAAUCUUCUCUUUGAUAAAAUGCCUGUCCACCUCAAUGUGUUUAGUACGAUCAUGUAGCACAGGAUUGUGAGCAAUAUUAAUGGCUGCUUUAUUGUCACAAUAUAAUUUCAUAGGUAGGUUCAUUUCCAUAUUCAACUCUGUCAUCAUUCUCUUGAUCCAAAGUAGCUCACAGAUUCCAUUAGCCAUAGAUCUAAAUUCAG